AUGAAACGGGAUUACAAUCUAUCGCCUGAGCAAUGUGCAACUUUCAACCCACGCGACAUCCGUCAAGAGCGUAUUGGUCGAUCAAUGGCCAUGUUCAACCGCGACAAGGAGGAGGGCCAGACAGGCUCAGUAGUGCGCAACAGAUUCCCUGCUGCUGAAUGGUUGGAGAAGCUCCUGCCUUUGGUGGAGCGUUUCUCCCAACCUGCUGAGAUUGCAGCUUACAUCCGUGAACUUACAGAUGCAGAUCCGUGGGAUGAUAGCCGUACCAGGCACGAACACAAAAUUGACGCCUUGGAAGGACGACGGGGACGUCGGGUGGCCUUGCCAAAAGCAUCACCCAGAGGCCGCGGCCGAGGGCAAGCAAAAAAGCAGGAGAAGAAGAAGGGGAGGAGGCGUGGCUAUGCGUCUGAAGAAGACUCCGACUACGAGGCCCCUGUGAGCAAGCAGAAGCAAAGCGAAUGA